AUGCCGCCCCUUUCAUCCAUAUCCACUACCUUCAACGACGUAUCUUAUCCUUCGUCGCCUUCUGUUCUCAACCACUCGCAAGGCCACGGCGACGUCUACUCUCACUUCCAACUCACUACCUCAGACCGCUCCUCGCACGGGCGACUACUACCCCAGCAGGCGUACCCACACUCGAGCCCUACCAUGCAGUCAGAUCAUUCCCAUCUGCAACAUCCCUCGCACAUCCACGCCCACAACUCCUUCUGGGCGAUGAACGCCCUCGCCGCUCACCAUAGCUACGGACAACUCCAACCGUCUACCUCGCCCACGAGUCUCGCUCUCUUACACGGAAACUUCUAUGACAGUCAGCAUCAUCAGGCGCUCGUCCUCGCCCAGGAGCAAGCGCAAGCUCACUUCCCUACCGGCGGUACGCUUCCUGCCCUUCUCCAGUCUCCACUCGAUAUACAACAUCUUUCGAUCGGCAACAAAAUCUUGCCUCGUACCACCAACAUUCCUGCCGCAAACGCCUUCGGUGGCGUAGCUAGUGCGGGUGUUUCUGGGUCGUUGGAUCCUGAGACUGGUAUAUUCUUGAGAACGGUAGAGCACCCCCGUCUGCGUACGGCUCAGGCGUGCGAGAAAUGUCGAAUUCGCAAGGCAAAGUGUUCUGGCGAACAGCCCAAUUGCAAACGCUGCCUCUCUCGCGGACUUAUCUGCGAGUACGCCCCGGAACGGAAGAUGCGUGGCCCCAACAAACCGAAACCCCCACCCGCUCCGGCCAGUCCUGUGAGUAACGGCUCGCCGACCUCCGCCACCAAGUCCUCUUUCAUCGAGAAGCUUGACUCUGCCGCCUCUUUCCGUCGCAAAAACUCGCCAGCUCAGCCUUCCCGCAAACGUGCAGCGACGCUCUCCGCGCUUCCUGUGCAUCCUCGCGAGCCGAAUGUCAGCCACUUCCGCCGGUCGUCGCUGGCCAAGGAGAGUUCAAUAACUACGGCUCAUACUUCGAGUCCGAUGUCUAACUCGAUGGCGGUCGAUUCUAACGUCGUUACCCAGGCUAUGGGCCCCGUCGAGCAUGCUGCAGAGGCUUUGUCCGGCGGUCGUAUCAGGUCAGUAACUUCCUUGGAAGCCCGCCCGUCCGGUCUACGUGGACGACCUCGACCUCCCCCGCUUGACUUUUCCAACGUCAACUUCAACCCGCUCCAAACGACGGUGGACACAACGAAGAACACCGUUACCGUCCUCGACGCCAAUAACUCCGCCUCUCAGGUUCAUUACCAGCCUCAGCAUCAACCUCACCCUCAGCCGCAACUACAAGCUCUCUGGAACUAUCGUCAGGACGAAUAUUAUGGCGGGCAUCUCGGUAGCUCUACGGCUGCUGCUGAGAUUUACGGGAGUCGUAGGACGUCUCAGCCGAACGUCUCUUUUAGUAACCUGGAGCGUCAUCAUGAGGUCGGGCGGGCACGGGCAGCCUCGGAGGUGUCUCACAUGCACCUACCCCUUCCCAUGCUGCCGAAUGCGCAUGGUUGGACGUUCACGGGGGAGCCUAUCGACGACAUGUAUCUUCACCAACCUUUCUCCGCGGACUCGUACCGCUUCCCACACGACUCGAAUCCGAUGCAACAUCAUCACUACGAUGCCGUCUCUACCUCCCAUGCCCGCUCCAGCUCUACGAGCGGCUCCAUUCCCUCCGACCCCUCCCCCAUUACGCCCCAUAGCCUCCUGGACCAAUUUCCUCCCAACUCCGCCUCAUCUGACCACGACAUCGCGAUGUUAACCUGCCAAUCUUACGGAAACGGUCAAGAGUUCGACGGUGAUUUUGAUGGUGGACUCCGCCUUGAGGCACUUCAUAUGGGGUAUUAUGUGGGGGGUGACCAUCGUAUGGACGGAGAUAGCCCGAAGUCUGGUGAAAUGAGCCAUUGA